AUGCUUGAAUCCUUGCUUAUGUCAAACGGCCAUGUUUGCAACUGCAAGUUGGUGUCCUCCGUCCUUUCCACUCUCUCUCUCCCCCGUCACUCUAUCCCUCUCCCUCCAUCUCCCACCUCUACUACUCCUCCUCCUUCUCAGCACCCUGAUGCUCUGUGUGGCAGCUGCCCGUCCCCUGGUUCUGCCCCACAGCCUAACAGCCUCUGGCCGACCCUGCCUCCACCAUCACCCUCCUUCCCUUCCUGGCCGGCACCGCCCACUCAGCCGACACCCUGCUGGCCUGGUCAGCCCAACACACCCUGCUGGCCUGGGACACAACCAGCUCCAUACACUGUCCCUCCUCCAGUUUCAGUGCCAGCUCCAGCUCCUGCUGUAAUACCCACCCCUGCACCAACCACACCCAUCGCCCCUGCCCCUGCUCCUGCUCCAGCUCCAGCCCCUGCUCCAGCUCCAGGGCAGCCCUGUCAGCCCUAUCAGCCUUGCUGGCCCGGCCCCCAGUACCAGCCUCCACAACCACCUGCGCCAAUUCAAACUCCAAUUCCAGGACAAGUCCCAGCACCGACUCCAUCGACUCCUGUCCCGGUCCCUGCACCCCAACCCUCAUCCAGGUGGCCUGCCCACCCUGGUUGGCACUGUAACCCAGGACAGUCAGGAUGGCCUGGACAGAGUCCAAAUCUCUUUCCUCCACACUGGCUCCCUCCCACAUCUGGACCUCUGAGUGUGCCAUACAACUUGAAUCUGGCCCGGGGAGUCUAUGACAAGAUGAUGAUGACCAUUCUUGGCCAUGUCAAGCCUAAUGCCAAAAUGUUCACAGUGAACUUUCUGAGAGGCAACGACAUCGCCUUUCACAUUAACCCUCGCUUCUGUGAGGCUGGCAAACAGGUGCUGGUUCGUAACCACAAGCUAGGGGAGCGCUGGGGUCCAGAGGAGAGAGAGCUGAAGCCAGGACCCUUCCCCUUUGCCCUUGGGAGCCCUUUUGAGAUGAAGAUCCUUUGCACUCAGGAUGCGUACAGGGUGGCUGUAAACAACAUCCCGCUGUUUGAGUUCAAGCAUCGCAUCAGAGAGCUCAACCAGAUCGACAGGAUCAACAUCCUGCAUGAUGUCGUGCUCACCUAUGUCAAUGUGGAGACACUUCCAUAAGAAGCACACUGUUGCCCUUGCAGUGCAUAAAUCAUCCUACCAAGGAUGCAUGCGAGAAUGUGUGGAUGCAUAUCAGGAAAUGUAGAACUUUGCACAUAUGCACGUCAUCUAUAGGCUUCAUCAAAGUAGUGUGUGAAAUAAUCAUGACAUGAGCUGAGCUCAUUUAGUAACAUGCAACAGUUAUCUCAUAUACUUAAACAUAGCUAACCACUUCAGGCACACAUGGCUUUUUUUUUAGUAUUUAGAUAUUAUUGCUAAUGUAUUUAUUGUGUAUAAUAUUUUAAUAUUUCUAAGAUAUACUAAUGGAUGAUUUAUGUACU